UAUAAAUCUCUCCAAUUUCCUUGACACUUCACUCAUCUCGGCAACUUCUCUUCUUAAUAUAACACAAACAAGAAACUCCUCUCUAACAAAGAAGGAUGGCUUACACCAAGCUCACCAUCAUGUUGUCCUCCCUCAUCCUCCUCCUACUAGCGUCGAUCUCCUCCGCUUCGGCGACCGACAAGCACGUCCCCAGCAAGACCGUCCCCAAGCCCGUGGAAGUCAUCGUCGAGGGCAUGGUCUACUGCCAGAGCUGCAAGUACUCCGGCACCUGGUCCCUGUCGGAGGCGAAGCCCCUCGGCUCGGCAAAGGUCAGCGUCGUCUGCAAGAACUACAAGAACCGCGUCACCUACUACAAGACCUUCCAGACAGAGGAGAGCGGCUACUUCUAUGCCGAGCUCACUGGCUAUGAGAUGAGCCACCCCAUCCUGGACCACCCGCUCCAUGCUUGCCGCAUCAAGCUCGUCUCGUCGCCCCAGGAGGAAUGCAACCUCUUGUCCAACAUCAACUAUGGGAUGUACGGGGCCCCGCUCCACUACGAGAACAAGACGCUGUACAGGAAGGAGUACAACGCUGUCGUUUACGCCGCAGGGCCGUUGGCUUUCCGCCCCUCAUAUUGCCCUCCGGAAGGGACACACGCUUAAUCGAUUAAUGAGUUGGUUUUUCUCACAAGAGUUCCAUCAUUAGUUCGUCUCUCAUUAUUUCUCUACGACUUUUCAUCAUCACUUUCUUUCGAUUGGCCUUUUACUUAUGGUCAA